AUACGGAGUUCGCUUCCGCCCGAACCCGUCAUGGCGGCGCGGCGGCGCCGUGCGCAUGUGCGGGGCUCCAUGGCGAGACAAGGGGCCGAGCGCGCGCAGGGCGGCCCGGCACGGCGAGGGCUGUGAAGGCCGGGAGGCUUCAUCUGCGACUGCUGAUGCCUGACGGAGCGGAGCGAUGAAGGGGCAGCAGAAAGCAGCCGAGACGGAAGAGGGAACGGUGCAAAUCCAGGAAGGUGCAGUGGCCACAGGCGAGGAUCCCACCAGCGUGGCCAUUGCCAGCAUCCAGUCCGCGGCCACCUUCCCCGACCCCAACAUCAAAUAUGUCUUUCGCACAGAGAACGGCGGGACGCAGGUGAUGUACAGGGUGAUCCAAGUGGCGGACGGACAGCUGGAUGGACAGACGGAGGGCACCAGCGCCAUCAGCGGCUACCCCGCCGCGCAGUCCAUGACACAGGCCGUCAUCCAGGGCGCCUUCACCAGUGAGGAUGCGGUGGAGACGGAGGCCACGGCCACCGAGACUCACUACACCUAUUUCCCCACCACGGCCGUGGCCGACACCAGCACCUCCGCCGGCGCCGGGACCACGGCCACUGCCGUCGUCACCACGCAGAACUCGGAGGCGCUCCUGGGGCAGCCCACCCCCACGGGGCAAUUCUUCGUGAUGAUGUCACCCCAGGAGGUGCUGCAGGGCGGCGCGCAGAGGUCCAUCGCCUCCCGUGCCCACCCCUACUCCCCGAAGUCGGAGGCGCCACGGGCCACCCGGGAUGAGAAGCGCCGGGCGCAGCACAAUGAAGUGGAGCGCCGGCGCAGGGACAAGAUCAACAACUGGAUCGUGCAGCUCUCCAAGAUCAUCCCCGACUGCUCCAUGGAGAACACCAAGUCGGGGCAGAGCAAGGGCGGGAUCCUCUCCAAAGCCUGCGACUACAUCCAGGAGCUGCGGCAGAGCAACCACCGCCUCUCUGAGGAGCUGCAGGGCCUCGACCAGCUCCAGAUGGACAACGAGGUCUUGCGGCAGCAGGUGGAGGAUCUGAAGAACAAGAACCUGAUCCUGCGGGCGCAGCUCCGCCAGCACGGUGUGGAGAUCGUCAUCAAGAACGACAGCCACUGACGGGGACGGCGGGGACGGGGACCGGCGGCGGGACGGGGGUCCUCCCUAACACCCCCCCCCCCCGCCCCCCGGCAGUGAGCACCUCCCCAGCGUGACAUGAGGACCCUCCCGUUUGGUUUGUGUCCCCUCCGUCCCCACCCUUUGCCCCCUCCCCACCGUGUCCCUCCCUCUCUCACAUCCCCGUCCCCUGCGCUUCGUGCACACGCUCUCGGCCAGGCGGGCGCCGGCCCCGCUGGCCCCCCAGCACUGCCUCGGUCUCCUGGACCCCCCCUUCCCCACGGGACACCCCCUACUCAGGGGACCGUCCCCUCCCUGGGGGGCCGCCGCACCUCUCGCCUCUCCCUGCCGACCCCGGGCAGCCGCUGGGGGUGUGGGGGUUCCGGGGUGCCGCGGACCUCCCCCCUUCCCUGCCCGCUGCGGCUGGCCCGGCCUGGCACGGCCAGACUUUUUUUUAAAACUCUCUGAAUUUAAAAUGCGAAAAUAAAUAAAAAUAGUGAUUUGUUUUUCC